AUGCCCGAUAUCGAUAUCGACCCUUCGGCAUUGUUCAGCCAGCCCAAGCCAAUCUUACAUCCCCCGAAGGUCGUAAACACAUCUGCGCCGAGUGCGCCGAAGGUCUCCAAGUCCAAUAAUGUGCCCGCUCGGAUUGAUCUUGAGCCGCUCUAUACUGCGCUCAAGAGCGCAAUAGCCGAGCAUUGGGGGAUUUAUAAAGAAUCUAUCAGCCUUUUUGUCUCGGGCCAACUGAACCAAAAAGAACUAUCCGCGCGAAUCGAUGGCUUCCUCGUAACCCCUACGGGCGAAAUAGAGCAUUUGCACAACCAGCUGAUUGCAGCAAUAUACGCAAAUGUUACGAGGGAAAUGCCAGAUCAUGGAGUGGCCAGCUGGGUCAGCGCCAAUGAUAAACCUACAAUGGGAGCUGGUAGCAAACCUGUCAGCGGAGACGCUGCUGAACAAAGACUAAAGACCGAGGUUAUGCAAUUACCAAGUCGAGAUAGGAGGAGGCUGAAGGAUCUAAGUCAGAACGAUUUCGACCCUCGGCAAGAAAUGGCGAAUAUAUUUGGAGAGCAACACAGGCCCAAAUCUAUAAAGCCAGUAGAACAAGUACCAGCAAGUGCAGGUGGUUUGAACAAGACGAACUGGGACCUCGAGAUCCGGAAGAGAUACAACCAACCUCUAGCUUCAGAAGUAGGAGAAUUCCCCGAUACCGCCUCGAUCGAAUCACGCAUGUUACCCAUUUGUUACGAGACUGGGCUGGUAUCUGGCCACGUGCAAGAUGCAGCUCACUUCAUGUCAACAGCGACGGAGACUUUUAUCAAGGAGGUUUUGUCUUCUGUCUUCAGUAAAACACGAUCCAACGGCCCAGGCUCAAGUGGCAGUGCCGGAACUGGAGGCGGGUCUAGUUGGGUUCAGACUCACAAGUAUCGAGCUCAGUUGGAACGAGAGGAAGAAGCUUCCUUGCGGGGCGAAUUGCAAAGAGACAAAAGCGGGCUCUUACCCAUCGAGGCCAGAGCCGCAAGUGAACGAGCUCCACUUGGCAUGGCUGAUUUUCGUUCAGCACUGGAAAUUGGUGAUUGUGGCCUGGGACAGAUGCCGGUCGUGGUGCAACAAAUAAUGAUGGGCUACCGGGAAGGCGAGGUCGAGUCAUGGAACGACUACAGCUGGCCCGAUACACACCCUAGGGUUGUUGGUGAGGAUAUCGAUGCUGACGUCGAGAUGGGAGGCAUGAAUGGCAUGAACGGCAUGAACGGCGUGAACGGCAUGAACGGUUAUGGCUUCGAUCAGGAGGUGGAUGAAUGGGGCUGGGAAGGAGGCGAGACGGAAGACAAAUCAUCGCUCGACAGCCUCUUGGACUCCUGUCUGCAAAUCGGUUCUUGA